AUGUUCAACGAUUUAACGCGUAUGAUGCUUGUAAAUGCGAUCUAUUUCAAUGGUACUUGGCAGAGUCAGUUCAUGGAUGAGAAUACUAAAAAUAAAACAUUUUAUCAGGCUGCAAACUCAACCAGAGAGGUUGAAAUGAUGUUCAACAAGGACGAAUUUCCAUACUAUGAAAACGACAAGGUUCAAGUUCUUGGUUUACCGUACAAAGGCUAUCAGGUGUAUAUGUACGUCUUCUUGCCAAAAGACAAGUACGGUUUAGAAGAAUUCGAGAAAUCAUUGAAAGGUGAAGAGUUGCUGAAAAUGAUUUCUGAAACUGACUCACGGGACGCCAUGGUUGAUUUGCCGAAAUUCAAACUUGAGGAACAAUUCCAGUUGGUGAAAGCACUUGAGAAGAUUGGUAUCGGUGAGGCAUUCGGUGCUAACGCCAAUUUCAGCGGGAUCAGUGAUGAUCCGUUGAAGAUUUCCGAUGUUAUUCACAAAGCUUUCAUUGAG